GUUCAUGGAGGAGAGUAUAGAACUCAAUGGCUUUGUCUGGAUGGUCGUGUAAACUAAACUGUGAGCGAACGUAUAUCCAAAAGGGUUUACUCUCUUUUAAUUAUUUUUCAGGCAAAAAUUCUAUUUGCUAGAGGAGCUCAGGACGAGCAGACAUUUGCAAAAAAUGGAGGCUAGAACAAUGGACGACUUUCAAAGUGUAAAAUUGUCUUUGAGAGAAUUCAGCGAAGCAAAGUUCAAGGUGCUCGAGGAUAUUAGAGCCAUUCAAACAGAAAUCAAGGUAGUUCAGCAGCGUUCGUUUCGGUUGAGAAAAGAGCUACAAGAAGGUCGAACUCGUUACAAAGAUUUCGUUUCCCACUGCGAUGAACUUCGCAAAAAACUACUUCAGCUUUCUGGCUACCAGCUGGAAAUCCCAUGUCUACAGUCCCGUUACAACGAAUUGGCUGCAAAUCUCAAUUCUAAGAACCAAGAAAGCGCGAAGCAGCUGGAUUGCCUCAAGGCAGAUUUUACCAGGCAGCGAAACGAGGCAGUAAGCGAAUAUGCAAGAAAGGUGAAGGAGAAGCGGCAGCAACUGGAGCGUGAACUGUCGUCCUUUCGUUCUGAUUUAGCUGCUCACGAUGAGGAGCGAAUAUUGCGGGAGCAAGCGCAGAGACAAAACGAUGAACUAGAAUGUUUAAGGGCAACCAUCGCUACGGAAAUGGAACAACAGAAAGAAACUUCUCACCACAAUUGUGAACUGAAAGCGCAGAGCUUAAGGACUACAAUUCAGGAGCUUGAAAGCAAAAUCAACAAGAUUCGCCAAGGUGUUUGACGUCAGUUUACGCUUCAACAUGUUACUUAACACCUACUUUUUAACUUCGAAUAAAAAUUAUUUGGUCAGUUGGUUGGAUAACAGAUGGCAUAACCGAGCCAAA